GAUCACAGCCGUUGAUCUUCGAUUCCAUUAGUUCACUCUCUAGAAAGAAACUAGGGUUUAUUAUCUUGGAGCUCCGCUUCUAUAUCAUAGUCGUGGGUAGCCGUCUCUCCCUCUCUCCCUCUCUCCCUCUUCGUUGUCUCUCGGAUCGAGCUUCAACCAUGGUCUUUGUUAAGGCUCAGAAAUCAAAAGCGUACUUUAAGCGAUUUCAAGUCAAAUAUAAGAGAAGAAGAGAGGGAAAGACGGACUACCGGGCCAGAAUCCGCCUCAUCAAUCAGGACAAGAACAAGUACAAUACUCCAAAAUAUCGCUUUGUUGUUCGUCUUACAAACAAGGAUGUUACUGCACAAAUAAUAUCAGCUAGUAUUACUGGUGAUAUGGUUCUUGCUGCUGCUUAUUCUCACGAGCUGCCUCGCUAUGGGCUCGAAGUGGGUCUCACAAAUUAUGCAGCAGCUUAUGCCACUGGGCUUCUCCUUGCUCGACGUGUCUUGAAAACACUUGAAAUGGACGAAGAGUAUGAGGGCAAUGUUGAGGCUACCGGGGAGGAUUUCUCCGUGGAACCAGCUGAGACCAGGAGGCCUUUCCGUGCUCUUCUUGAUGUUGGGCUUGUCAGGACCACCACUGGAAACCGUGUCUUCGGUGCUCUUAAGGGAGCUCUUGAUGGUGGGUUGGAUAUUCCUCAUAGUGACAAGAGAUUUGCUGGUUUUUCAAAAGACGAUAAGCAACUUGAUGCUGAAGUUCACCGAAAGUAUAUCUAUGGUGGCCAUGUUGCUGCAUACAUGAGGACUUUGAUGGAGGAUGAGCCCGAUAAGUAUCAGUCUCACUUUAGUGAGUAUAUCAAGAAAGGAAUUGAGGCUGACAACUUGGAGGAGAUGUACAAAAAGGUCCAUGCAGCAAUUCGUGCUGACCCCACCAUCAAGAAGUCUGAGAAGCAGCCACCCAAGGAGCACAAGAGGUACAACUUGAAGAAGCUUACAUACGAGGAAAGGAAGGCCAAGUUGAUUGAACGAUUGCAAGCCCUAAACUCAGCAGCUGGAGCUGAUGAUGAUGAGGACGACGAUUGAAAUUUUGGCUCUUGGCGUUUGAGAUAACCUGGUUGUGGUGUGGCUGAACACCUCCAUUUUGCUGUUUCAUGUUGGGUUUUAUUUAUUAACUUUUUUGCAAUUCAGAAUCUUGUCCUUUUUUAGAUGGAUGAUAUCAGGAUUUGGAAGUUUUCCCAUGGUGCAGUUUCGGUCUAGCUUAUGCAUAAACACAGAUCAAAAGGUGGUUUGACCAUUUCUUUGCCCGAAAAAUUGAGUUCUCAUUUUAUA